CACCUCUCUAAAUCGAAAUAUCCCUGCACUACAUCCGCCCGAUCAUUAUGCGAUAAUGAGAGAAUGAGAAAUAUAUACAACUAUUCAACAUCCGAAAUAACUAUUGAUACAAAAACUUGAAAAUUACCACGAUGCCACGCCCCAAACGCGCCAAAGUUGCGCCCUCUGCACCCGCCGCCCAACCUCGACGCGGCAGGGCUGCAGCGCCGUCGCGCAAACCACGAGAGGCCUCCGAAGCAAUUGAAUCUUCCCAAGAACAAAAUAUCGAGCAGGAAACCCAAACAACUAUGACGAGGGCAACGAGGGGUAAUGCGACCGUUCCUGGACCUUCGACGCGGGCAGCAAGGCUGAGCGCAUCGAAUACCGGAGUAUUGGAAGAAUCAAGGAAGCGUCGCGACUCAGCGAUAUCGCGUCUCGAGGCCGAAAACGAAUAUACAUCCAGCAACGGAGGGCCCAGCGAUGCGGUUGCGCAUGCGCCAGGAGAAAUACUGUCAAGCAGCCCGGAAGUUGAGAUUGGAAGGCGGGGAAGAGUCGCUGCAAGUAUUGAAAGCUCAGCAAUCAUACCUGGAACGUUUAGGAGGAGGGCACGCCAGCCAAGCAUACUUGGGCGAGGACAAGAUAUUGAGAUUGAGAGAAGUGAAAGUGUGGACAGCGACAUUGCACAGAGCCAAGAUAUCACAAACGUGGAGAGGCCUCUUGGGAGGGUCAUGUCGAGCGGCUUUAAGCCAAGGCAACGGCAGCCCAGUAUAUUGGGAAAUGUGAGGUCUAGCAGCGUGGAGGUUGAGAGAGAUAUUGGGACACCUGUGAACCCUGGGUCGGCGCUCAGGACAGGAUUAUUCAGGAGGAGAGCAAGACAGCCCAGCAUCCUUGGUACGCCCAGCCAAAACCCGAGCCGCGCCCCUGCAGCGGAAGCAAGCGACGAGGAAGGACAAGGAGAAGAGGAUGAGGAAGACGAUUUUAAUCCUGAGGACGAAUCUACUCCACUCAAUCUGCCAAAAUCAAACACCCUCGACGGCAGCCCUCAGUCAACAUCUCCGCUCAACUCACGGAAACGCAAACUCUCAUCCCCUUCAGCCUCUCAUUCAUCAGCUGCUCUUCCUCCCCUCGAGAGAUCACCUUCUUCCGCCCUUUCACCACCACCAGUUUCUUCACCCCUGAGCGCGAUAUCGCAAACCCCAGAGAUCAUGAGCUCAACCCACGCACCACCUCACAGCAGCUCCUCCCUCCGCCUGAGCUUGACCCCACCCCGGCGAACCCGGGUCGCAUCCGGGAUUCCUUCGGAAAGAACCCCUCCUACUCGCCGCCAACCAUCACGCGCCCUCGCUAUGGACGACGACCUUCCAUCAUCCCCACCACCCCUCACACACUCACCUGACAACCGACCCACCGUCAAAAAGCCAGCCGGCAAGCCUAGAGGAAAAGCCGCAGCGAAACCCGAACCUGCGUCUCUUUCGACAGCGCAAUUGCAAUUACUCCUGCCAAGGCGCCGAAGGCGGGCAGCUAGGGACGCCUACGAGAUUGGUAGCUCAGACGACGAGGUUGAUGCAGAGAGUGACGAAGAUGAACUUUCUCACCUUGCAGCCGCUCUGAGCCGUUCCAACCGACAGACACCCGCCGCGCGAAAGCGGGUGACGAAACUUCAAUCCGCGAUCAAAGGCAAGGGGAAAGCUGCUGCUGCUGCUCAAGCUGCGGCGGCCAAACGAACGUACGGAUCGCGCCGGGCAGCUGCACCAUCGCUAUCUGACAAGGAGAACGGCGAGAACAGUGCGGAGGUCAGCGAGGCAGAGGUAGAUCCUGAUGAUAGUCUCGCGCCAGUGCAAGAUAGUGUUGAGGAUAGUAGUGUGCUGGAGGAGCGGUUGGGCAAGGAGCUCAAGAUCGCGAAGAGGAAGUUUGAAGAUGUUGAUCAGUGGGAGAUGGAGUUCGAGGACAUGACUGCGAAUAGCAGCAGCCCCAAGGAUGCCAGAUGAGGCAUGAUCCGUUGGGUGGUAUAUGGCGCUUUGGCUUGUUUGAUUUGCGUUGCUGGAUGCGUUUAUGGCUAUGAGGGGCUGGUGCGGAUUUUGAGGCGUUAAUGGAUAGGAAGGUGGAAUACAUCAAUGGGACGAUGCAUGGAAUGGGACAUAGCAUUUAGCUAUUGUAUGCUUGCGUAUAGCAUAAUCAGACAGAUAUGGGCUGGCAUUACUCAAUUCCAAACUUGCUGCCUAUGUUUUACAACGUUCAAUUUGAUCAAAGUAGAGUUAGAUCUACAAUAAUACAGAUUUGGGAAG